GUAGUUGUGUAAUCAUUUUAAUUAAAUUAAUACAUAUUGAUAUUUGAGAGAGAUGACUUCUAAAAGAUCUAAACAACUUCUAACAUUGGCAAAAAAUUUUAAUGAUGCCAAGCAACAGUCAACAUCAACCAUCACCAAAUUAACAUUGCGACGCAAUUUGAUGCAUUCAUUUAAUGUUGCUUUAAAUUCUGAUAUAAAUGACCAAAAUAACCAGCAUAACGAUUCAAACGACAAUAUGGAAGUUGAAAAUCAUACUGAUGUCAAUGAAAUUAGUUGUGUAAAUUCAAAAAUGAAUGUUCAAAAAUGGGUAAAUCAGUGUAACUUUUUUGAUGCCAACGAACACAAAAAUAAUAGUGUAAAUAUGAUAACAUUAAAUGGUGAAGAUUUUGAAAUAAUAGUACAAGAGACACCUGACUAUGACAAUGAUGUUAGUGUAGUAUUAGGAACACCAGAGCAUGUUUUUGAACCAGAUUUUGCUAUGAAUAUAGAAAGUGUUGAAAAUGUUGAAAGUCUUGGAAUAAUUGACAAUAUUGAAAAUUAUGUGAUGGGAAUGUUGAAAAUGUUAGUCAUAGCAGAAAAAAUAAAAUCAGCAAAAAGGGAGAUACCAGACUUUAUAGACAAAACAGGAAAGAAAAAAGAAAUUGUGGGGAGCAAUAUGUUACUAAUAAAGAAAAGCUAG